UGCGAGGGAGCUGGAGCCCGAGCACGCCGCAGCCUAUGUAAUGCUCUUCGGACUUUACAGCACGGAAGAACCCUAAUUUCCUGGGAAUUAGGGUUCUAGAGAUGGAGAUGGAGAAUGAGCGCAGCAUCUACAAGAUCGCCAGGAGCAUCAAGCGCAAGGAGCAGUCGCUCUACAAUGCGUUGCGCUCCAUCUACGAUGACGCCGGGUUCGUGGCGGAGAUUCGAGCCCUCAGGCCUGCACUUCCGCUGGUGGCAAAUCUUCGGUGUGGGCUGUGGUAUGCGCGCAAAUUCGAUGAUACGUGCUACUUCAAAUCCACCGAUGGCCAUACGGGGAAUUGGGGCUUCAAUCCUGCGCGGCUCAACAUCCACAUUGCCGCCAUUGCUGCGCGAUCUGGAGGCUGCAUGAUCGUGGAUUCGACCAGGAAAGGGAAAAGAUUUCCCGACAGUAUGUCCAAGACGAUUCCAAUAUGGACAUGCGUGAUGAAUCGAGGGAUAUCAAUGCUGCUCGAUCCGGACAAGCGCAAGAGCUGGGAUUGCGAGCUCCAUCUCCCUAGCUGGGUGUCCGAGACCGAGAAGUCGUGCAUCCAAGCCCGGCUGGAUCAAUGGGUGGGAGUUUUGCUAGCGAGUGGAGCCGACUUGGCGGGCUUGGCAGCGUCACUCGAGAGGCCUCUCCGACCACUUUGGAUAUCUCAGCGAUCACUGAUAUGGCUGGACGAGAUCCCGGAGCCGGGCUCGCUGGACUUUACACCGGUGAUCCUCGUCUCGGCAUCCAGGCCGAGAGCUCUAGAGAGGUGUAGUGAUUCGGAGGCAGGAUGGAGCUACAUUCCUGGCGCCGGUGAUGACGAAGAGAGCUGGGCUCGAGGAUUGACGCCAGGGAUGUUUUGGAGCAAUGCUCUGGACAUCAUCGAUGCCGGCCCCGAUGAAUGCAACGCGAAGGUGGCGGAGGUUGUGAGGAGGGAUGGGAGGCCUUGGAAAGUUUUGCAAGGGUGGGAGGGAAACGGGAUUCAUGGUGAGAUAGCGAAUGGAGAUACAGGAAUUCGAUGGAUUGGAAACACUGGUCUGGCGCUUGGUGCAAUUCAACCACAGGAACUCUUAUCAAUCAAGAAUGUCUCCGUUAUAGACUGCUCUGGACAUCUUGAUGUUUCAUUCUUGGGCGAAGGCUAUUUUCUUUCCCUAGACAUUCAGGAUUCUAAGUUUGAUCGGUAUUGUCUACAAAAUAAUCUUCCAGCCAUUGUUGAGUUUGCAAUAAGAAGUUUGGGUAAGAAAAGGAACCUCUUGGUUUGUUGCAGAAAUGGAGGAAAUAUCAGUGUCUCAGUUUGUUUAGCAAUCUUGAUGGCUUGCUUUAAUAAAGAUGGAGUUUUCUCUUAUGAAAAUCUUGCAAUUCAAGUUAUGAAAGAGGACAUUCGAGAAAAAUUAGUUUACGUAUCUGCCUAUGUACCAAAUGUUUAUCCUUCUCGAGGUAAUUUAAAACAGGUGUACAAUUAUUUUAAAAAAAGAAAAAAUAUAUCAUAAAGUGGCUACUUUUAAUUUA